GAGAGCAUGCCUCUUCCUGACUUUCUGGAAACAUCAGAGCUGAACUGCAGAGCCUGACCCUGAACAUGCCUUUGGCAUUACCUUCUCUACAGAACAGAUUAAGGAUUUUUUUUUUUCUAAUUGGAAGCUAACUUGGUUCACUGUGUAAACUCUUAUCGGGUGCAUGCAUUGGCUAUCUCCGAGAAAUUUCUACUUGAUGAAACCCAGAGCUGAUUUCUGCCUUUUGGAAUGCUCUUAGUCGCCGAUCGUCAGUCAACAGAAGUCUCAGCACAGACAGGCACGAAGAAGGUUCGCACUGAGACCCACUCAGAGAAAACCCCGAAGGAGAAGUCUGAGGGCUCCUUUCAGGAUGAAGCUUCAAGGGAAGAAGAGGACUUUUAACACCAACAAAGGUUAUCCAUGGAUCUACGGAGGCAAGAGUCUUCUUCUCCCAGCUGCUGCGGGUCCAGGGAUGAGAAUGAGGCUCCGAGGAGGGCAGCUGGCGCUCCUGCUGCUGCUCUGUGGCCUGCAGACACCCUCGGGGCGCGCUGAGGUUGCGAUUAAAGUCGACUUUGAUUUGGCCCCAAACUCCUUUGAUGAUCAGUACCAAUGCUGUAGCAAACAGGUCAUGGAGGAGCUAAGUCAAGGAGAUUAUUUCACAGAGGAAAUAGAUGCCCAUAAACAUUACUUCGGGGCCUGGCAAAAAGCCCACUUAUCCUGGCUGGGCCGAGAAAAAGCUCUCCCCGCGAACAUGACAGUCACCCAUGCUGUGGCUCUCUUGGUUUACACAUCAAGUAACCAGGUGCGCUCUGACUUAGCCAGGGCCAUGGCCAGUGCUGCCAGGCCUCCGCAGAAGUACAAGAGUUCAUUCCAUUUCAAAUAUCUACACUACUACCUGACCUCAGCGAUCCAGCUGCUGAGGACGGAGCUCAGCACUAAGAGUCGCACUCUGUGCCAUGAGGUACACCAUGCCGCGAAGGAUGCCCACUUUGUAGCCAACGUAGGUGACACUGUCCGAUUUGGCCAGUUCAUCUCCACCUCCCUCCUAAGAGAAGAGGCACAGAAGUUGGGGGAACAAACGCUAUUUACCAUAUUUAGCUGCCUGGGUGCCCCUGUGCAAGACUUCUCCCUCCAGAAGGAAGUCCUGAUCCCUCCCUAUGAGUUGUUUGAAGUUGUAAACACAAGCUACCACCCAAACGGAAAUUGGUUGCAAUUGCGGUCAGCCGGGAACCUGAGCACAUACAACUGCCAACUGCUAAAAGCUUCCAGCAAUGCUUGUGCCCCUACUCCUAUAGUUAUUGCGUCUGUCUACUUCUUGUCCAGCAUUAUCAUCUCUUCCAAAAGCAGAAUGUAGAAGAAAUCUGUGGCUUCUUUAAAAUAAAGAUGAAAUAAAAACUCGUGAUGGCCUUUUAGGUAGAAGCAAGAAUGUAUUUGCCAAGAAAGAUGAUUUGCUCUUCCCUCUGCUGAGAUCAGUACAUAGCUUCCCCUUCUGUUUUUGCCUUCACAGUGCCUCCUUGUCAUCAGGGUACCCUGGGGAAGUCGCUCAUCCCAGCUGUCAUCUGAUGCAGACCUAGCUCUGCUCAGGGCCUAGAAUUUGCCUGUAACUCAGCCCUGAGCCUCUCAGUAGAGUUCUGCUCCAUGCACACAAAGAUUUAUGCUAAAAAAGAACAUGACCCAGUAAUAAGCAGCAUGACACACCAUCAUGAUGCAUUUUCUUGAAAUUAGCUUGGGAAUAGGGUAGGACCCUUUCUUUUUGGUGGCAAUUAAUGGAAGCAGGUUAUGGGCUUAUAGUUUGCUGGCAGCUAUCUUACCACCAGGAGAGAAGACCCUGCCUCCCUGAGAAAGGAGCUGACACAAGGAAGAGCUGAGGAAUGGGAAGAAACGGGAUCCACUGACAAUAUCUGAGCUUCUGCAUCCAACUCUUCUAAACCCAAAUACCCUAAGCUUCAUUACUUGAAUCAAUAAUGAAUGUUCUCAUCAAUGUAAUCUGGAUUUGAUUUUCUAUCUCAAGCAGUCAAAGGAGUUCAGUUGAAUAGACUUGCCUUUUUCUUGUUAUUGUUGUUGUUUUUGUGGGGGUUUUAUUGAGUUAUCCUAAACAGGAACAAAUCAAAAAAAUAUGAAGCUAGAAAGCAAAAGAUAAAUUCUUAAUCAGAUGGGAAAGCUUUAAGCCCCAGAGACCUAAUAAAGGUAUGAAUUUUCUUGAAAAAUUUUUACCAGCAUUGAAGAUAAAACUAGUAUCAGAUGAAAAGAAACAGAAAUAGAAAAGAAAGUUAAUAAAAACAGUCAGUGAAAUCUCACUUACUGCCAGUAACAAGGUUGUUAACAUGCCUGUGCCUAAGAUAUCAGAAAAGUUAAAAUUUAAACAGAUGUUAAUUUAUAGAAAACUGGAUGGAGAUUUAAGUCUUCGUAGAGAAUUUGAUUAUAUUCAGAAAACAUGUGGAUGUGUAUGGAGGUGAAGGAGAGCCUAUGCAAUAAAAAUCUGAUUGCCAAGCAAAUAAAAGAUAUAUGAGCUCCAUUAUACACAAAGUAUGUGAUGCAAAGUAUGAAUUAUAAAAUUU